UCGAGUCGUUGCUUCGACAUUAUGAUUAUCUUUGCUUUUUCUUCAGUUAUAUAACAAUAAUUUAUAUUUUGCAUGUGAAUAAUCUUAUGGAUCUACAUGGUUGAACAGCAAGGAUGAAGUGUGUAAUCUAAGUUUUCUUAAAUAGUUUGAUUGAUUUUCAAAAUUCGUUAUAUCAUUGGAUGUCAAACAUCAUUUCGUGUGAAGUAAGUGUUGAUAAUGAAAUGUGUUCUCAUACAUGAUCAUUAGUCUAAAGCUGCUUCAUCCAGAUUUCCAAAAAAUAUCAAAUAAUAAUUUAUUUUUUUAAAUUAUCUACUGAGAAUGAAGACAGUACCCAAUUCCAGUCUUGCUUGUACUGAUAGUAAGUCGAAUGAUAUUAAUUCUAAUAAAUGUGAUGUAGUCAGUAAUAAAGAUAUUCUUGAUUGUCAAAUUAUUUAUGACAAUCAAGAUUUAUCUACUGUGUGCCCUCUGUGUAAUAAAAAAUGUAGAACUAGAAAUGUGAUUCGAUACCAUAUGUUGACUCAUACUAAAGAAAAUCCAUUUUCAUGUUAUCAGUGCAACAAGCAAUUUCCAUUGCGUUGUCAUUUAAAUGAACACAUUCUUACACACAGAAAUGAAAAAUCUUAUUUGUGUGAAAUAUGCAGUAAAGUGUUUUCUUCUGGAAGUGCAUUACGCUAUCAUACAUUUGUACAUAUGAAUGAAAAAAACUAUAAAUGUAAUCAGUGCAAAAAAACAUUCUUUCAAAAAUGCCAACUAAUGUCACACAAGCGUACACAUUCAAAAGAAAAAUCAUACAUAUACAGUAUAUGUCAAAAAGAAUUUUCUCAAACUAGUAGUCUUAAUGCACAUUUACUGACUCAUUCUAAGAAAAAACCUUAUAUUUGUAAGAUCUGUCAGAAAUCAUUUUCUCAGCAAGGUAAUUUAAAUUUGCAUUUGCUCAUUCACUCUAAAGAAAAGCCACAUAUUUGUGAUGAAUGUGGCAAAGCAUUUACUCAAAAAGGUAAUCUGAAAACACAUUUGCUGACUCAUUCUAAGAAAAGAUCCUAUGUAUGUAAGAUUUGUCAGAAAUCAUUUUCUCAGCAAUGUAAUUUAAAUUCACAUUUACUUGUUCACACUAAAGAAAAGCCACAUGCUUGCGAUGAAUGUGGCAAAGCAUUUACUCAAAAAGGUAAUCUGAAAACACAUUUGCUGACUCAUUCUGAAAAAAGGCCCUAUAUGCGUAAGAUCUGUCAGAAAUCAUUUUCCCAACAAAGUAAUUUAAACUCGCAUUUACUUAUGCAUACUAAAGAAAAGCCACAUGUUUGUGAUGAAUGUGGCAAAGCAUUUACUCAAAAAGGUAAUCUGAAAACACAUUUGCUGACUCAUUCUAAGAAAAAAUCCUAUGUAUGUAAGAUUUGUCAGAAAUCAUUUUCUCAGCAAUGUAAUUUAAAUUCACAUUUACUUGUUCACACUAAAGAAAAGCCACAUGUUUGUGAUGAAUGUGGCAAAGCAUUUACUCAAAAAGGUAAUCUGAAAACACAUUUGCUGACUCAUUCUGAAAAAAGGCCCUAUAUGUGUAAGAUCUGUCAGAAAUCAUUUUCCCAACAAAGUAAUUUAAACUCGCAUUUACUUAUGCAUACUAAAGAAAAGCCACAUGUUUGUGAUGAAUGUGGCAAAGCAUUUACUCAAAAAGGUAAUCUGAAAACACAUUUGCUGACUCAUUCUGAAAAAAGGCCCUAUAUGUGUAAGAUCUGUCAGAAAUCAUUUUCCCAACAAAGUAAUUUAAACUCGCAUUUACUUAUGCAUACUAAAGAAAAGCCACAUGUUUGUGAUGAAUGUGGCAAAGCAUUUACUCAAAAAGGUAAUCUGAAAACACAUUUGCUGACUCAUUCUAAGAAAAAAUCCUAUGUAUGUAAGAUUUGUCAGAAAUCAUUUUCUCAGCAAUGUAAUUUAAAUUCACAUUUACGUGUUCACACUAAAGAAAAGCCACAUGUUUGUGUUGAAUGUGGCAAAGCAUUUACUCAAAAAGGUAAUCUGAAAACACAUUUGCUGACUCAUUCUGAAAAAAGGCCCUAUAUGUGUAAGAUCUGUCAGAAAUCAUUUUCUCAACAAAGUAAUUUAAACUCGCAUUUACUUAUGCAUACUAAAGAAAAGCCACAUGUUUGUGAUGAAUGUGGCAAAACAUUUUCUCAAAGAGGUAAUCUGAAAAUACAUUUACUUACUCAUACAAAAGUAAGACUACAUACAUGCGUUUUUUGUGAAAAAUCAUUUUUACAAAAGAGCCAUAUGUAUUCUCAUCUCCGUAUGCAUACUACAGAGAAACCCUAUAAAUGUGAAGUGUGUGCUAAAGCAUUUUCUCAGAAAGGUAAUCUGAAAACACAUUUGCGUAUUCAUAGUGUGUAACACAUUAUUUUACUUAAAAAAGUAUAAUUGCAUAUUUGUUAGUGUGAAAAAUCAUUUUUACAAAAAGGUACUAUGUAAUUUCAUCUUUGUAUACAUAUUGAGACAUGUAGAAUUGCAUGUAUGUGUUUUUUAUAAAAAAUCAUUUUUGCAAUAUAUAUAUAUAAUAUUCUGAUCUCUUUAUGCAUACUAAAGAGAAACCCCAGAAUUAUGAAGUGAAUGUUGAAGCAUUUUCUCAUAAAAGUAUUUUGAAAACACAUUUGUAUACUCAUAUUAUGGAACAUAUUAAUUUACUAAUAUAAGUAAAAUUACUUAUUUGUUUUUAUGAAAAAUCAUGUUUUACAAAAAGGCAAUAUUUAUUUCCAUCUUUGUAGGUAUAGUGGAACAUAUGCAGAGUAUGUUAAAGCAUAUUCACUCAAACCUUAAAAAGCCAUUUAAAGAUUAAUUCUAAGGAAAAAGUUCUUAAUCCAAAUGUUGAAAUAAUUACCUGUAAUUGAAAGUAUCAUUAUUUAAAUUUUAUUAUCUUAAAGUUAUUAUUUAACCUUUUUGUAAAUGAAAGAUUUGUGUUCUGAGAACUUAAAGAAAAAAGUUUGCAUAAAUAAAAUUUGUUGAGGGAUAAAUAAAAAUUAAAUUUGAAGGAUUAUUCCAUUUAUGAGAAAAGCAUUUAGGUCAU